ACUCAAAGUUAAAUUCAAAUAACUCGGACGCUUUCCAUCUUUCCAACAGUUGGUGCACAUAUUACAGACCUGCAGACAAUACCUCGAAAUCCUUAUAGAGAGUCUUCUACAGUCCUUGAUUAGAAUGUGCAGUAAACGAGAACACAGUAGGAGGAACUAUAACUUCAAUGAUCGCAUAAACCGCUACCACCCCUCAAUUGAACACGCAUGCGCUUCUGCCAAAUCUCAUUAGUAUUCGUCCCAUUGAUAUGCAAAUCAUGCUGUCUUAUACCUCAGGAAUUCCCUUCACGAAGAUUCGCUGGAUAGUUCAAUAAUGCACGAUAAUUUCUUUCCAAUUUCUCCCCCAAUUUCCCGCAUUUCCAUUAUCUCAUCAUAUAUUGAAGAAUCAUUACAUUGAUCGAGGAGCCCACGUUAUUUACGGCACAUUAUUCUUCCGACGCAUUUUAGCAUCAGAGCCAUUCUGGCGACAACAUUACAUGAAUUACUUGAACAAUGUCGGCGUUACCAAGGGACUCACUAGCACCACAUUUACAGUUCAAGUACUAUCUCGGUGGUGAUAUUCUUAUUUUGCAAUGUUCAGGGUUGUAUUCAAUGGGUAGUAUUUUUAAAAAUGUCGAACCUGCUUUUUAUUUUUGGGAAAAGAUUCCGUUUAUCUGUGCCAUUGGUACAUUGGUGUGUGGAAUAUCGUGCGAUAUUCGCAAGAUAGCGGCUAAUAUAGUGAAAUAUUCUCUGAAUGCCAUUGAAAUUAUUGCGAUUGUUAUGUGUGCAACGUUGGGAACAUUCAAGGGCUAUCGAAUAUGCAGUUAUCGACGUGAAUUUCACCAUUUUAUAAAGGCUCUCUACCUCGAUUGGGACAAGGAGCUAUCCCAAAAUACGAUAACAGAGAAAAUGCUGGAAGAUGCCAAUUCUAUGCGCUUGUUCAGGACUUGGUACGGCACAGUAAUUGCAGCAAUUUUUGGGUCAUAUGUAAUACGCCCAUGUCUGGCAUAUUAUCGGUUCAAAUUAUCUGGAACCAAUGACACCUUCGAUUUUACACAGACUGUCUAUCCAGCUAUGUAUCCAUUUACGUUGACUACACCUCUAUCGUUUUUCUGCUGCGUUACCAUAGAGACGAUGGGAGUCAUCUACCUCACUCUUUACUGGACAGCAGCUGACGGACUUUUUGCUCAGCUCACAACGCAAUUGGCGAUUCAGUUUCAAAUACUUGCGAAUCGGCUGCGUUAUAUGCCUAUUCAGGAAAUUACGGGGCCAAACCAUACGAGGAUAGUUGUACAACAAUUGAAGAAAACUGUCCAGGAUUAUCUGAAAUUAUUCAAAUAUCUCAACAAAUUGGUAGCAAUAUACAAUCCUAUACUAUUUGCCACUGUAUUGGCCAACGGUUUGAAUCUUUGCACCUGUCUUUAUAGUCUACAACACAGAAUUACAAAGCAUGAAUGGAUAUUGGUUGGAAAAAACGCCAUACUUACUAUCGGUGUCACCGCACAAACUAUGAUGUUUUGCAUGUGCGCUCAACGGUUGAAUGACGAGAUCGCUGGAGUUCGCCAAGCGGCCUACAAUUGUUCAUGGCCAGAAUUCAAUUCAACAAUAAAAAAUCUCCUUUUCUCAAUAAUGAUCCAGACUGAGCGAGACUACAUAUAUGCAGCAUAUGGUUUUGUUUACCUGAAUAGGCCACAAAUGACAGUGAUUUUCACGGCGGCUAUGAGAUUUUUCACACUGCUGAGGAACGUGACCUGAAAUAUGGCCUAGAAAUUCAAGCACAAACUUUUUGUUCUUCGUGGUUAUGUACAUAAACGCAAAGGCUGGAAUAAAGCUAUUUUGAUUGUUGUCAAUUCUGAGAAUUGCU